GCCGCGGAGGAGAUUACAAAAUAACCAAGCCUCUCUCUCUCUGACCCUUACACUCGGUUUCCUGGGUGACGUGAGGCAGUUGUUCAGGUUGUCCUCUUUGGUCUGCGGUCAGUCAGAGUCUUUGUUCCAGCUGUGUGUGUUUGUUGAUGUGUUAAGAGUCCAGAGGCAACUUUACAGCACUUCACUUCAUUUUAUCAGAAUGCGUCUCACUACAGAGGAGAAAAUCGAGCUGGGACUCAAAGCGCAGGGAUCGAUCAAUCCUGCGUUCGGGGACAAAGAUGGUGAUGAACAGCCUCAGCUGACGGUUGACAUUGAGGAGCCACAUACAGAGGACCUGGAGGCACCUGUGGACAAAAGUGCAGAUCUGGUUUACUCCCUCAAUGACAGGCCGCCGUGGUACCUCUGCAUCCUGCUCGGCUUUCAGCAUUACAUCCUCGCAUUCGGAGGCAUCAUCGCAAUCCCGCUGAUCCUGGCAGAGCCCCUCUGCAUAAAGGACAACAACGUUGCAAAAAGCCAACUCAUCUCCACCAUAUUCUUUGUGUCGGGAAUAAGUACGCUGCUGCAAACGGCUGUCGGUACCAGGCUACCAAUCCUCCAGGGUGGGACUUUCAGUUUCAUCACUCCGACCCUGGCCAUUCUCGCUCUGCCCAAAUGGCAGUGCCCAGCCCAAAAAGCACCCAUGAUGCUGUCAGUGCAGCUGCAGAACAGCACCAGCUCGCUGCAUGUGGAAAAUUCUGAUGAGGUCUGGAUGUCACGGAUGCGUGAGAUCCAGGGAGCCAUCCUGGUGUCAUCACUGCUGCAGAUCGUCCUGGGUUUUUCUGGCCUGGUGGGCCUCGUGCUGAAAUACAUCGGCCCGCUGGCUAUCGCUCCCACCAUCAACCUCAUCGGCCUGUCAUUGUUCAUCGAGGCUGGGAAGAAGUCUGGAGGUCACUGGGGAAUAUCUGCUCUCACAGUCUGUCUGAUCCUCCUCUUCUCUCAGUACCUCAGCAAAGUCAAUGUACCAAUGAUUGCCUACAAGGAUAAGAAGUGGAAGGUUUUCCAGUAUCCCCUCUUCAAGCUCUUCUCCGCUUUGUUCGGGAUGUGCGGCGCCUGGCUGGUCUGCUUCUUACUGACCGUCUUUGAUGUCUUCCCUUCAAAGUCCGAUGAGUACGGCUUCUCAGCCAGGACUGACAUCAGCCUGGACGCUGUGGCAAACUCCCCCUGGUUCCACGUGCCAUACCCAGGUCAGUGGGGUGUCCCCACAGUGAGCGUGUCUUCAGUUCUGGGUAUGAUGGCAGGCGUCUUGGCAUCGACCAUGGAAUCAAUCGGGGACUACUACGCUUGUGCUCGCCUGUCUGGCGCUCCUCCUCCACCGACUCAUGCCAUAAAUCGAGGUAUCGCAGUAGAGGGCAUCGGCUGCAUCCUGGCUGCACUGUGGGGAACUGGAAACGGCACCACCUCUUACAGCCAGAACAUUGCUGCACUGGGCAUCACCAAGGUUGGCAGCCGACUGGUUCUCCAGACGACCGGUAUUCUUAUGAUGGUCCUGGGGAUCUUUGGGAAGUUUGGAGCAGUAUUUAUCACCAUCCCAGACCCGGUCAUUGGGGGCAUGUUCCUCGUUAUGUUUGGAAUGAUUGCAGCAGUGGGGAUAUCCAACCUCCAGUAUGUGGACCUCAACUCGUCCCGUAACCUCCUCAUCCUCGGCUUCUCCACCUUCAGCGGCCUCGUGUUGCCUACGUGGUUUCACUCCAAUCCUGGCAUCAUUGACACAGGAAUUAAAGAGCUGGACCAAGUGAUCGUCGUGCUCUUCACCACGCACAUGUUCAUCGGAGGAUUUUUUGGGUUUAUCCUGGACAACACCAUCCCAGGCACUGACAAAGAGCGGGGAAUCAAAAGCUGGAGGGACAAGGUGCAACAGGGAAACAAAACCAUGUGUGACCUGUCGUGCUAUGACAUCCCUUUCUGCAGCGGUGUUUUGAAACGGUUUAGGUGUUUCCAGUAUCUGCCCUGCCUCCCUUCUUACAAGACCACCCAACAGGGUACAUCCAAUUAAUGAAGUGUUAACUUUAAGGGCAGCACUGAUGCUCGUCUAUUCGUCUUAAAAAGCCAAACACUGGUCGAGGUUCUGGUACAACCCGGCUCCAAAACAGGUGCGACGCUGUGGAAAACAAAAGUAAAAACAGAAUACAUGGAUUUGCAAAUCCUUUUCUAAAUAUAUUCAGUUGAACUCAGUACAAAGAUAUUUUAUAUUUAAACUGAUCAACUUUGUUUUUUGUAAAUCUCAUUCUGAAUUUGAUGCUGCAACAGGUUAUAACAAAGUUGGGACAGGAGUGUGUUCCUGGAAGAGUUAUGAAAUAAGAAAAACUGUUUUCCAGGCCUGGGAAUGGUUUGGAAUUAAUGGAAUGCUUUGGAAAAAGUUUUAAAUAUCCUUUUUUUAUUUAAAAUAAAAAAUAUUUGCUAAUUUGCUUUCAGUAACAUGUACUGUUGUAAUAAUCAUAUAAAUCCACAGUCAUUGAAAAAAAUAACAAAUCCAUUUGUUCAGAAGAAUAAACAAUAAAAUAAUAUAUGUCAUUGUAACAUAAUAAAAAAAUGUUCAUACUAACUUUCUAUUUGAGCGAGUGAUGCACAGAUUUUGAAAUUAUGGGCUGAUACUGAUACCAGUGUAUAAAAUAA